UGCAGGUUAUAAAUCACUUCAACCGAACCAUCUAGAGACAUUACAACACUGUGGACAGUCCAGCAACCAUGGGCUACUUCUGGUUCUUCUCUGCUGAAACGUGGGCACUCCUGCUGCUGUUUAUAAGCCUUUUGGUUCUGUAUGGACACUGGCCCAACAGUUUCUUCAGAAGGUUAGGAGUUCCUGGACCCAAACCUCUCCCACUGCUGGGGAACAUGUUAGAGUACAGAAAGGGUUUCCAUGUGUUUGAUAUGGAGUGUUUGAAGAAGUAUGGCAGGGUUUGGGGGAUAUAUGAAGGGAGAACGCCUGUCCUUUGUGUUCUAGACAGAACCAUCAUUAAAUCAGUGCUUGUUAAAGAAUGUUACUCGCUCUUCACCAACAGACGGGAUUUCGGUCUGAAUGGUGAGCUGUAUGAUGCCCUGUUUGUGACCACAGACGAGGAUUGGAAGAGGAUCCGGGGCGUCCUCUCUCCCUCUUUCACCAGUGGAAGACUGAAGGAGAUGUUUGGGAUCAUGAAGACACAUUCAGACACUUUAGUUAGAAACCUGCAGAAGAAAACAGAGCAAACAAGUGGAGUUCACGUUAAAGAGUUGUUUGGAGCGUACAGUAUGGACGUGAUAACCAGCUCAGCAUUCAGCGUCGACAUCGAUUCUCUAAACAACCCGAAAGACCCGUUUGUGACCAACGUGAAGAAGAUGCUGGAUUUUGAUUUUUUCAAGCCGUCGUUCCUCAUUGCAGCUGUAUUCCCUUUUACCAUACCUCUGCUGGAGAAAAUGGACUGUGGUUUCUUCCCUACCUGUGCGUUUGAUUUCUUCUUUACUGUCCUGCAAAAGAUCAAGGCUGAUCGAGUGGCCAGAGACCACAAGAGCCGAGUGGACUUUAUGCAGCUAAUGGUGGAUUCUCAAACACCGGAGAAAGUAGAAGCCCAACAAGGUCUGAGUGAUCAUGAGAUUUUAUCUCAGUCCUUGAUCUUCAUCUCUGCUGGUUAUGAGACAAGUAGCAGCACACUAUCCUUCUUCUUCUACAACAUUGCCACCAACCCAGAAACGAUGAAGAGACUUCAGAAAGAGAUCGACCGGACCUUCCCUGAUAAGGCUCCAGUUCAGUACGAUGCAGUGAUGAGUAUGGAAUAUCUAGAAGCUGCUCUAAAUGAAUCUAUGAGGUUAUACCCCAUCGCUGCUCGGCUAGAAAGAAUCUGCAAGAAAACGGUGGAGAUUAAUGGUGUGACUAUUCCCAAGGGAACGACCGUCAUGAUCCCCACAUUUCCGCUUCACAGAGACCCUGAAUCCUGGCCAGAUCCCGAUACCUUCAAACCUGAGAGGUUCACUAAAGAGAAUAAGGAGAGUAUAGACCCCUACACAUACAUUCCUUUCGGUGUAGGACCCAGGAACUGUAUCGGAAUGAGAUUUGCUCUUGUGUCCAUGAAGCUGGCCAUCGUAGAGAUACUAAGAAGAUUCGAUGUCAACAUUUGUGAUGAUAUAAAGGUUCCAUUGGAGUUGGGCGUCGGUGGUUUCCUGGCUCCUAAAGACCCCAUCAAACUCAAGUUCACCCCUCGAGCUAACUCCAAAUCAUAAGACUUCUGCAACAACAUCUGUGCUAGAUCAUAAUGUGUUUGCGUGGCUAACUUGUCCCAGCUUUGUCCUAAAGGCUGAUUCUAACAACAGGGAGAUUCACUUGAAAGGCGCCCUGAAUAUUCUGUAUUCUCUCUCUGGGAUGAAUCAAUCUCAACUAAACACCAUACAAUGUGCUCCUCAGUAUAUGGAGCUUCGGCCAGGCCGGGAUGCCCCUGCAUCAGAGUGAUGGUAGGUAGGCACCGGACAGCUGGCGUAACUUUAACGUCCAUUUGCAACUUCCGGGUGCACAUCCCCAUACUCCUGCACUCAGUCACUCAGCUUCUCAGGAUGGUGGUGUACGGUCUUCAGCCGCAGUCUAUCAUGUCCUGAUAUGUAGCGUAUUUUUUGGUUCACAUUGCUUCAUCAUAAUGGGAUGAAUAUUCGGGGCCUCUUUCAAAUGAAUCUCCCUGUAAUUUUGCAGUAUAUAGUAUGUUAAGAAGAAUCAGAUUUCAGCAUAAUUCUCCUAAACACACACUUUCAACCUGUUAAUUUUUUAAUUUGGUCUUGAUGGACACAGUGUGAAUGUGGAGAUGAAAAGAAGGAACUACUCAAAGCAGAAAAUAUUGGAAAACUUGCAGGAUUUUAAAUUGAAGGUCAAUCUAGAACUGUAAAAUUAGUAAACAAAGCAGCACUGCUCUUCUCAAAUCCAUCCAUCCAUUUCCUAAGCCGCUUCUCCCUCAGGGUUGCGGGGGGGUGCUGGAGCCUAUCCCAGCAGUCAUCGGGCGGAAGGCACCCUGGACAGGUCACCAGUCCAUCUCAGGCUCUUCUCAAAUAUGUCGUGUAAAAAGAACAGCUAAUAAAAACCAAAAGUGAACUAA